AUGACUGAACUAUUUAUCUCUUUAACAGAGAGAAAACAAUCUUUACAAUCACAUUCUAAAGCUGUUGAAGUGUUCCCAUCACUAGACAAGAAUGAAGAAUUAGAAGGCCUGAAGCAGGAACCAAGUUUAAACUGCACCAUAAAUUCAUCAAGCCAUGAGCCUGGUGAAACAUCUGCUCCUAAUAUGAUUACAAUGAGUGUAGCAGAUUUGUUGAUCUUUUGUCAACAAAUGACAUGUCAGAACACUUCAAAUAUCAACAAUGAUACAUCUGUGAAUGAUUUCAAAUCUCAGAUCUGUGAAUAUCAAAAGAAUGUCCAAAGAGCUAUGGAUACUAAGGCUGUAACUACAUUUGAUGACACUAAUUAUCAAACUUGA